UGAUGACCGCAGCCCCGAGGUUUUCAAAACCGGCAUUGAAGCUGCCACCCAGAUGAAAUCUGUGCUGGGUGCCAACGAGAAGCCCAACUGCCUGAUCAUCGAUGAGAUAGACGGCGCGCCCGCGGCAUCUAUCAACGUGCUGCUGAACAUCAUCCACCGUAAGGACGCGGAGGGUGAAGCGGUGGCUGGCACGGGCCGGAGGAGGCGGCGCGAGGGUGGGCUGCUGCUCAGACCCAUCAUCUGCAUCUGCAACGACCAGUACGUCCCUGCCCUGCGCCCGCUGCGGCAGCAAUCCUUCCUGCUCAGCUUCCCUCGGACGGCUCCGUCCCGCCUGGCCCAGAGGCUCUGCGAGAUCGCCCUGCGGCAGGGCAUGCGGGCGGACACGGGCGCGCUGCUGGCGCUCUGCGAGAAGACGGAGAACGACAUCCGCUCCUGCAUCAACACCCUGCAGUUCCUGCACGGCCGAGGCCAGAAGGAGCUGAAUGUGCAGAUGGUGCAGACCAUGAAGAUCGGUUUGAAGGACCAAAACAAGGGGCUUUUCUCCAUCUGGCAAGACAUCUUUCAGCUCCCAAAGGUCCAAAGGCACAGGAUAGGAAUGGACCCCUCUUUGCCAGCCCAGCUCCUGAUGGGCGAUGAGGACCUGUCACACCUCAGGGGGACAGCUGGCCUCAACACACCCUCCCACCGCUUCCACCACAUCUUGCACCUCGCCGUGUCCUCGGGGGAGCAGGAGAAGCUGGCCCAGGGUCUGCACGAGAAUUUCCUGAACAUGAAGCUGCGGGACUCCAGUUUCAGCUCGGUGUGCUUGGCCCUGGAGUGGUUGGGCUUCUCCGAUCUUAUGAGCCAGGCUGUCCUGCACAAGCAGAGCUUCCAGCUGAUGCGGUACCUGCCCUUCCUGCCCGUGGCUUUCCACCUGCUCUUCGCGGCCACCAGCAUCCCCCGGCUCGCUUAUCCCAGCAGCCAGCCCGAGGCCCUGGCCAAGCUGAACCACAUGCAGAACCUCGUCAUGUCCAUGGUGUCGGGGAUAACACCCGGUGCCCGCAGCCGCAUGGGACAGCAGUCUCUCAUCCUGGAGGUGCUCUGUCUGCUGCUGGACAUCAUCGCCCCGAAGCUCCGACCGGUGAACACGCAGCUCUACAGUGCGAAGGAGAAGCAGCAGCUGGCAGAUCUCAUCAGCACCAUGCUGGCCUACAACCUCACCUACCACCAGGAGCGCCUGCCCGAGGGCCAGUACGUCUACAAGCUCGACCCGAACGUGGAGGACGUUUGCCGGUUCCCGGACCUGCCAGCUCGCCGGCAACUGACCUACCAGGCCAAGCAGCUCAUUGCCAGGGAGAUCGAGCUGGAGAAGAUGAGGAGGACAGAGGCUUUGCUGCAGUCACGAAACCUGGGCGAGGAACCCGGGAAUGGUCUCAGCAAGGUGGGGGAGCGAGUGGACACGGGGCAGACUGUGACCCCCAACCACCAGCAGCGCCUGGAGCACAUCGUGAGGAGAGCAGCGGUGCAGGACAAGCCUGAGACUGACUUCUUUGGGCAGCCACUUCGGCGACAGCGGGUGACACCAGCCCUGGCCCCUCAGGCCCCCGAGGAGGAAUCGAUCCAGAACCAGAUGGGAAAAGCCGUGGGGAAGAGCGACGUCUGGUUCCGCUUUAACGAAGGGGUUUCCAACGCUGUCAGGAGGAACAUCUACAUCAAGGACCUGCUGUAG